AUUGUUGAGUGGUUUGUCUAUUUGUGAUAAUUCUUAGGUUUGACUUUCUCGUGGAACUUUCUUAUCCGCCGAUCUGUCAAAAAAUGUAAAUGUAAGACUGUGAUUGAAGUUUGAGAUUUCUAACAUACGGUAAUGCAAUCGGUGCAAAUUAUCCGAUUAAGUCGGAAUAUUAGGCAGAUGUAGAAAACAAGAUUUUAAGCAUUAUUGGAAAUAUAUUUAUUUUUUAAAUGCCAUUAUGGCUCUACGCAAAGUAAAAGGAAAUUUUGAACGUAUGUUCGAUAAAAAUCUGACCGAUUUAGUACGUGGAAUUAGAAACAAUAAAGAAAAUGAGGCAAAAUAUAUUGCACAGUGUAUAGAAGAAAUUAAACAAGAAUUACGACAAGAUAAUGUUGCAGUGAAAGCAAAUGCUGUAGCAAAGCUAACAUAUCUUCAAAUGUUAGGCUAUGAUAUUAGUUGGGCUGGUUUCAAUAUAAUUGAAGUGAUGUCAUCUGCAAAAUUUACAUAUAAACGAAUUGGAUAUUUAGCGGCAAGUCAAAGUUUUCAUGCAGAUACAGAACUUUUGAUGUUAACUACAAAUAUGAUUCGUAAAGAUUUAAAUAGUCAAAAUCAGUAUGAUGCUGGUUUGGCUCUGAGUGGUCUCUCUUGUUUUAUAAGUUCAGAUCUUGCACGUGAUUUAGUUAAUGAUAUAAUGACAUUAUUAACAUCUACAAAACCAUAUUUACGUAAAAAAGCAGUGCUGAUGAUGUACAAAGUUUUCUUACGAUUUCCAGAAGCUUUAAGGCCUGCUUUUCCUAGAUUGAAAGAAAAAUUAGAAGAUCCAGAUAGUGGUGUACAAAGUGCUGCUGUUAAUGUAGUUUGUGAAUUAGCAAGAAAAAAUCCAAAAAACUAUUUAAGUUUAGCACCUGUUUUUUUCAAACUCAUGACAACAUCUACUAACAAUUGGAUGCUAAUAAAAAUUAUCAAACUGUUUGGCGCAUUGACACCACUAGAACCUAGGCUUGGCAAAAAAUUAAUAGAACCCCUUACAAAUUUGAUACACAGUACAUCUGCAAUGUCUCUACUAUAUGAAUGUAUAAAUACUGUAAUUGCUGUAUUAAUUUCAAUUUCGUCUGGUAUGCCAAAUCAUUCUGAUUCAAUACAGUUAUGUGUUCAAAAAUUGAGGAUAUUGAUAGAAGAUUCUGAUCAAAAUUUAAAAUAUUUGGGAUUGUUAGCAAUGUCAAAAAUUUUAAAAACUCAUCCAAAAAGUGUACAAGCUCAUAAAGAUCUUAUAAUGCAAUGCUUGGAUGAUAAAGAUGAAAGUAUAAGAUUGCGUGCCUUGGAUCUAUUAUAUGGAAUGGUUUCAAAGAAGAAUUUAAUGGAAAUUGUUAAAAAAUUAAUGGUUCAUAUGGAUAAAGCUGAAGGCACUGCUUAUAGAGAUGAAUUACUUUCAAAAAUUAUUCAGAUUUGUUCACAAAAUAAUUAUCAGUUUGUUACUUACUUUGAAUGGUACAUAUCUGUAUUGGUUGAACUUACAAGAAUGGAAGGUACCAAACAUGGACCAUUAGUAGCAACUCAAUUACUUGAUGUAGCAAUUCGUGUACAAGCUAUACGAAAAUAUGCAGUUCAACAAUGUGCCUUAUUGUUAGAAAAUUCAUAUCUUCUAACAGGUCAACCAAGAGCAACAAUGUCUGAAGUUUUAUAUGCUGCUGCAUGGAUUUGUGGGGAGUUUUCUAGUGAACUAGAAGAUCCUAUAGCAACAUUACAAUCAAUGUUACGAUCACAAGCUUCUAGUUUACCAGGGCAUAUUCAAGCUGUUUAUGUUCAUAAUAUUUUAAAACUUGCAACAGCAACAUUAUGUAAAGCUGAAAAAGAUAAAGAUAUAGAGAUUAUGGAACAGAUUUUUGCAUUAAAAGAUAAAAUAGCUGCUUUUGUGUGCAGUGGGGAUUUAGAAGUACAAGAAAGAUCUAGUUCUGCAUUAGUUUUACUUGAGUGUUUAAAAGAAAAUCCUGGUUUAGCACAAGAGUUAAUGGAAACAUUCGAAGGAGAACUUAAUCCUGUUGCUCCAAAAGCACAAAGAAAGGUACCAAUUCCUGAAGAUUUGGAUUUAGAUUCAUGGAUCAAUGAUCCACCGUCAGAAAGUUCAGAUUCAGAAGAUUUAGAUAUGAAUGAUAUUUUCAUUAAGACAGAGAAAAUUAAUGAUUCCUAUUCUAAACGUGAAUUUAAUGAACCAUCAGCCGAAGAACUUGAAAAACGCCGUGAAGCUAGAAAAUUGGAACAACAAAACAAUCCACAUUAUUUGAAAGGCACAUUUAAAAAUUCCACAUCAUAUCACAAUUCAUCAAAUAUUUAUGAGGAAUUUGAAAACAUUCCCGUAGCAGAGUUAGAUAUUCCAAUUUCUUUAAAAAUUACAAAUAAUCAUAAAAGAUAUAAAAUACAUGACAAAAAAAAGAAAAAAUCUAAGAAAAAUAAGAAACCUGCUUCGGAAGAAGAGCAUGAUGAUAUUUAUCCUAUUCAAGUAGUGAAUACUGGAAUAGGUGAAUUACCACCAGGUGCAGAAUUAAGUGACAGCGAUGAUUAUGAUCAAGUGGAUAUAAAUGAUCCACAUAGAGCUUUAAAUAUUAAUCUAGAUUUACCUUUGAGAGAUGAUGAAAGAUUACCUGUCUUAGAACAUAGAGUUAUUGAAAAUAAUUUGAAUCAAGAAAUUACUGAAUCUAAAGGAAAGAAAAAAGAAAAAGGACAUAAAAAAUCUAAAAAAAAGAUUAAAGAAGUUAAAGAUAAAUGCUAUGACAAUCAAUUAGAAUUUACUGAUAUGUGGUUGGAAAAUAAUACUUCUUCGGAAAAUAUUCAACCACCUGUUACUAAUGAGUAUUCUGAAGUUUUCAGUGAAAAAGAAUCGGAAUGGAAAGAUAUUAAACGUAAAAAAUCAAAAAGUCAAGAAAAGUAUAAAAAGACAGAUGAGAAUUCAAAACAUCGAAAAUCAAAGAAAUCUAAAAUUAAAAAAGAAUCUUCAAAAAAAUCUUCAGAUUAUGAAGAAACAGCUGGAAUCUCAACACCAUCUAAAGAAAUAUUACCAGAUUUAAGAUAUAAUUUUACAAAUUCUGAGGAUAAUACAAUUUUAGAACCACUUACUUCAUAUGAAGAAUUAGCUAAUAAUAAAAUACUAUCUAUAAUGUACAAAUUAAAACAAAUUCCUCAUGAAUCAAAUAAAUUAAUUGCAUCAAUACUCAUUACGAAUAAUUGUCAAAAGCCUGUAAAGGAAUUAGUUUUUGAUAUUCCAGAUACAUCAUCUUUGAGAUUAAUGAGAAAUACUGGAGAUGAAUUUGGUAUAAAACUGCCAUUCCAAUUGCCUCCACAAAUCACUAAAGAAACACAAUUUACUAUUUUAAUCUCAGAUGUAACAUUUGCUCAGAGGUUGAGAGGUACACUUACGUAUAUGUUAGAAAGUAAAGAAAGUACGUUGCAAGAAAAACUUGAUUUUACUAUACAUUUAACGUGCGGUAAAUUCAUGGUCGGCCACCUUUCACAUAAGGAUAUAUUAACAGAAUUACUUAAAAGUGGUCAACUUAUAUAUAAAGUUAAAAAAGAAAUUAUUCUUUCUCAAGAUUUUGAUGUUAUUUUAAAUUUAAUAUGUAAUAAGUGUAAUCUUACACUUGUGGAACAAAUCAAUGAUACUGCAUCUUUAUAUGGACAUUCUUUGAAGGGACAUCAUGUGUGCCUUUUAUUAAAAUGUAAUAAAUCAUCAAGAAAUUUGAUAAUUGAAGGUAAAGGUGACAAUAACACGUUAUUGUCAGGAAUUGGAGACGAAAUUUUAAGGAUCCUGACAUAAUAUAAAUUUAAAUUGAAAUUUUUCCGAAUUUUACGAGUCCUAUCUUUAUUCAUUACAGUCAUGCUCAUUGCAUAACUCAAUAGUAAAAUGAAAUUUUAAUAGUAUUCAUUAUAUAUAAAAUAAUGGCUAUGGAAAUCAUCUUUGCAAACUUAUCGAAUAUUUUCAGAAAAAAAUCUUAUCUAACUUUUUAAAUUUAAUUUAGGUAAACAAAUUUUAAGUAUAUGCAUGUAAACAAAAUACAUGUAUAUGUAUAAAUAUCACACAUAAUAUGUGUGAAAAAUAACGUUUCAAGAGAGGGAAAGAGAUUUAUUAUUGGGAAUUGAAGACAUCAGAAUGAAAGUAGUUUAUUUUAUUUAUGUGUAAUUUCAAUUUAUAAAUUAAAGUGCAAUAAUAAGAUAGUAGUGAUAAAAUUAAAUAUUUAUUUUAAUUAAUUUCAUCAUUUCUUAAGUAAUAAAAAGUUCUUUGUAUAAUUUACUAUAUGUAAAUAUUGUUAUUUAACAAUUUUUUAAAAAAAAUUGAUCUUGUUUUAUAUAAGUAUGAAUAAAACAUGUUUAUAUAAUUCAUAGUAUUGAAAUAUUAUAUUAUCUUGCCAAAGUAAAGCAUGAUAAAGUUAUUAUGUGAAAUAUUAUUUAUAAGAAUAUUCAUUUGUAAAAUAUUGUAAUGAAUUAUGAAAAUUAUACAUAUUUUUAAAAAUUAACUACUUAUACGCUGAUAUCUUCAAUUUUAUGUUAUUAAAAAUUAAUAUCAUUACAUUGUUGAACUUCUGAUUGAACUGUAAAAUACAUCAUGGAUACUCGCGACUCGUGUGAAUGUACAUCGAUGUUUCUCAGCGGAAUAUAUACUUUCUGCAUGUAAUGACUUUGUAAUAUCAAUAAUUUAAUACAUAUAAGAAUUUAUGAUAAGCAUAUAAAUACAGUAACACGUGGAACACCAAAUGUAAAUAGCUGAUACUUGUAUGCUGAUAAACAAUAUCUUUAUUUUAAAUAUCUUCCAAAAAUCAAUUUCAUUUAUAUGAAAAAAUGUUCUAUAAAAAAAUAAUUUAAUUGCAUUGCUCGUCAUUAACAUUCAAUGAUUUAUUUAUCAUUUAAAAUCAUAAAGAAUAAAUAAAUACUAAUGAAUCAUUGAAAACAUUAACGUUAAAUGCCAGUAAAUGAUUUAUAAAAAUUGAAAUUAAUCCUUCAGCAUUUAGACUCAAUGUAAACAAUGAGAAAUAGAAUUAUUACGUAUCAAUAAUAUAAAUAUUAAAAUUUUACUUCUAAACUUGUUGCUUUAAAUAUUCUUUCUUAUGUAAAUUUUUAAAUUACUUUUUUUAAAUUAAAUUUUUAAAUUACUUUUUAUUAUAACAUAUAAAAUCAUAAACUUUCAUGGAACAUAAAUUUUGUUAUUAAUGACAUUUACUGUGCCAAAAAAUGAUUAAUCAGUAACAACUUCGUCCUUGAAACAUAACAAUAUAAAGAUAUAUUUAAGCCAAAUAAUUUUUUGUUUCCUUUUUGCAUUUAUAUAUAAAUAAUAUUAAAUAUAUAACAUAUUGAUUUGAAAAAAUUAUUGAUAUCAUGUUUUACAUUAAUUAUAGUUUAUGUAUACUGAUGUUUAUAAUAUUCGUUUUUACGAAUAAUAAUCUGUUAAACUUAUUCAUAAAAA